UUGAGAUUUGGAUACUCAUGUUGUCAAAAAUGGUAUUAUAUCCAUAAGGAAAGGUAGCGGCCAGGAUGAAGUUCAAUUUAGCCGUGAAAGUUGGCUGCUUGGCGUUUGGUUGCUUCGUUGUAGGCUGGUUCAUUGCUAGUCUACAAUGUGUCCACAAUCCCAGUAUAGCUCCGGUGGUAGAUAGUAGUGUUAACUUUUGGAGUCAACCAAGAACUACAAAAGCACCGAUACCAUCUGAUUGUUUUAUAUAUCAAAGAGAUGAAAAGGAGUGGAAACCUAGUAACAUAACAUGUGGUGAUACAUCCAAGUUUAUGAGAACUACAUUACAUACAAGCUCUGGAGACACGCCUAUUUUUAUCUAUGAUCCUCAAAUAGAUAAAUGGGUUAGCGGAAGUUUAUAUCGAGAUGGCAGAUGGGAACCCCAAUUUGUUGAUAUAAUUUCGAACAUUCUAAGAGCAGAUAAUGAUCUUCAUUUUAUAGAUCUUGGUACAAAUUUAGGAGUUUUUGCGUUAUCUGUUGCUAAAAUGAACAGACAAGUACUUGCUGUGGAUGCAUUAGCAAUGAAUAUAGAGCGCUUAUGUGCUUCCAUAAAAGCAGGGAAUUUUACUAAAAAUAUUAAAGUAGUGUAUAACGCCUUAUCAGACGUUAGAGAAAUGGUGUCACUUGGUGUAGAUAAAGGAAAUGUUGGCGGAACCUUUGUAGCAAAGGACAAAAAUCAAAAUAAAGUGAAAGGAAGUGAAGUUGGUGGUAAUUACGGUUCUGUCCAAACGGCAAAACUUGACGAUAUGUUAGAGCUUCCGGGAUUUAACGCCAAAAAAGCUGUGAUCAAAAUUGAUGUGGAAGGAUAUGAAAAUAGAGUGUUCAGGGGUGGGGAGGAAUUUUUCAAACGAGUGAAUGUGACAGCAGUGCUAAUGGAAUGGUUAUGGCUUAAAACAGGUCCAGAGGGCCAAGAAAUAGUAGAAUUUUUUAAGCGCCAUAAUUUUGAAGCCACUGUUCCGACAGACAGACGUGUUUUACCUAUUGACCAGAGAGGACAGUGGCCAAACGAUGUCUUAUGGCGUAAAAAAGUUUGAUGAUAAUUCCAUUUUAGUA